UACUGCCAAAGCUCCGGCGAGCACUUCUUCUAUCAUCUAUUGUGCCACCAUGAGCCAAUUUGGAGAAUCCUUUGGAAACAAUCUUUAUUACGGAAACGCAGGUGGAGGUGGAGGAUAUCUGACCGGAGGUUCGCCUUUUGGUAGUGCCAGUGGUAGUCCAGGGGGCGCAUCACGACGAGGGGCCCUGGGGCAGUCUUUGCGUCCGCUCACCGUCAUGCAGGUGCACAAGGCUACACAAGCACAUACGGAUGCAGACUGGAUGGUAGACAAUACGGAGAUAGGACAAAUAACCAUCGUGGGCAAAGUUAUCACGAUUAGGGAUCAAACCACAAAUAGUCUUUACACCAUAGAUGAUGGCACCGGUCAAGUGGAAGCCCGCUACUGGUCUGACUCAACAUCUCAAGAAGGAGAUUCCUUUGAGGGUGUGAAGGAGGGAAACUACGUCCGCGUGUCUGGUACACUAAAGACGUACGGAAGUAAACGUUACAUCAAUACUGCUCAUAUACGGCUGCUUAAAGAUUGGCCUGAGCAUGAGCUGUUCUUCCAUAUUGCCGAGACCAUGGCUGUCACGUUGAUGUUUGACAGAGGACCUCCAUCAGGGCCUGAUCAAGCCCAAAAUGCUCCCGUCGGACAGGGACAAACUUCUGCCUCUGCGUACACCGCAGCGGCGAACACCGUAGCAGCGAACGACCAAUAUGCUCACUUGCCACCUCUUCAACGCAAUAUUAUCCAUUUCAUAACGGCCCAACCAUUCAGCGACGACGGUGUCCACGCCUCAGCCAUUUCUCGAGGAGUCAAAGCUACUGGAAGUGAAAUCAGCUCUGCAUUGGAGAAACUUACGGAUGAUGGCCUCAUCUACACGACCAGCGAUGACAUGCACUUCAACGUCUCAGGAUAACCAGCAUCUUUUCUUCACUCAUAUCCUAAACAGAAUCCUAUAUCAAUACUUUAUCAUCAACUCGCGGGCUUGCAGUCAACAUUUUUAGAAGAAGAAAGUCGUUUGCGACAUUCGCUACAAGGCUAAAUCAGUAAAGAAAAUGAGACUGUCAUCUCGGACAAUGUAUGUAGAGCUCUCAUGUUGAGCGUUUUGUCAAAUAUGUCAGAUAUCUGUACCGAUGUGC